AUGUCAGCUAUCUCGCAUCCCCUCAUCUGGUUCCCCUGGAUGGGAACUGUUAUCGCGCAUGCCGAUCCCCCGAGCGCCACUGCUCGACCCACGGUUUGGGAUCCCCCCCCUCUUCAGCCCCCGACUCCCGAGGUCCUCUGGCGAGAAUUCGAGGCUGCCUCGUCACCAAGGUUUAUCCAGGGAUGGGACGUGACGGUGUCACUGCUGAGUCCGGACCACAGCCUCAGGCACGUUGAUCGAUCUGGGACGUCACUUGUCAAGGAUGGGCAGGGUCGAGGGGUUGGAGGAGCGCCAAUCGAGGCCUCUCGUGUUCCCCGUGACGCCUAUCGGCGGCUGUCCGUUCUCGCAUCGCAACUCACCGGACCGCCGGCCCCCGGUUAUGGCGAUGGCGUUGGCGAUAGCGAUGGCAACUGGUGUCCCCCGGGUGUCUCGAUUUCGAUGCAGCCCAGAUUUCGGAUUUCCGGUUCAGGUCCAAUUAUUGAUCACCGCAUCUUGAUGGGUUCCAACUCCUGGCUCUAUGCGGAUGCGCAUUCUUAUUUUUAG